AUGUCACAGAGUCCAGGCUUCAAACUUCGUAGCAGCGCUACCACAAAGAGACGCCGUCUUAGUCCUCUGAUCCACUUCCGUAAUGCUACUCCUCCUCCCAAUGUCGUCAACACGCACUACGCGUUUCGCUUUGAUAUGUUGGAUCAUGGCAGAAGAAUGAAGAUUUUGCAGUAUGGCUGCAAAUAUGGUGUCAAGGCUGGCCUUGAGGACAACGCAGAUCCUUAUGAUCUACUCCCUCCGUUGCUGAAGGAAUUGUCAGAACGCUCGAGGUGGGAGGAAGGAACACCAGGGCCGCAAUCCGUAGCUGUCAAGUACAUGAAGCGGUUGUACAAGAUGUCUGCCACCAAGGAGGGAGUCCCCAAAGUUCACAAAAGCCAUGAGUACAAUACAGUCAGGCUGUUCACGCCAAGGGCAGAAUGUAUGCCGAGACACCAGACAGAUGGAAAAGGAGCCCUGCACUCAAUGGAUUUAACGUUUAACGUUGGCCGUGUCUCUGCUUUAGAACAAUAUCUCCAGUCUGUUUUGCUUUACUCCAUUUCCAAACGGUAUUCAUCUUCCAACAUAACCUGCAAUUCCAGCUUGGAGAUAAUGGAUGGUGAUGCCACAAGCCCAAUUUGUCCACUUGCAUCAUAUUUUUUUGAAUUUCAACUUCAAAAAAGGCAAAGGUGGCUAGAAAUCGAUGUGACCUCUUUCCUCCUUCCAUUUAUUUCUAACAAGCAAAAACUACAUUUGGCCUUCAAUCUAACCUGCCUACAUAGCAAUCAACACCACUCGAUUCCAGUGGAGAGUCCAUUCAAAAUUUCAAGGUCUCCACCAUCCCUGCUCCUCUACCUUAAUGACACCAGUCACAAGGCCUACCACAGAGAAAAGAAACGUGAGAUGGUGGAACCUCCUGCCUGGUAUGAAAGUGGAAGAGGUCCUUCAAACUUCUUUGAAGAUUUGGGGGUCGAUCUACAGUUGAGACAAGCAUCUCGCCAUAGAAGAGGCCAAGAUGAAAGAACAGGAGAAGAGGAACCAACUGCUGUCUCCUUUACAUACAACUUCAGUGAGUUUAUUAAAGAGUUUGCAUACCACCAACAUGAGUGUGAGCUUCAUCAGUUCCGCCUGCGCUUCAGCCAGCUAAAAUGGGACAAGUGGAUAAUAGCACCACAUCAUUACAGCCCUGAUUACUGCAAGGGUGAGUGCCCUAGAGUCCUAGGGCACCGAUAUGGGUCCCCGGUUCACACCAUGGUACAGAACAUAAUCUACGAAAAACUGGACUCCUCUAUUCCUCGUCCAUCUUGUGUCCCCUCAGAGUACAGACCAAUGAGUGUUUUAACUAUUGAGCCUGAUAACUCCAUUGCCUAUAAAGAAUAUCAAGAUAUGAUUGCCACUAAAUGCACCUGUCGCUAGUCAUCCGUAAUCGGUCCCCAAAAACACCUUGGAAAUGUGGGAAAUUAUUGCACGUAAGGUAGCAUUAAACA